GCCCAGGCGUGCGGAGCGCAUCCUCGCCGCGCUGCAGCUGCGGGACCAUCCGGCCCUGCUCACCUGUCAGCGCACAAACUGCUGGAGCUCUGCAGAGGUGGGGGGUUUGGCGGGCGGGGAGCAUACAGGCUAUAGAUAUCGGUGAGAUGGGUCCAAGAGCCGCUGAGGCAUUCGUGAUUGUCAAGUGAACGGCGGCGAAGUUCCUCGGCUCCUCUCGGAUCUUUUUUCCAGGACGCCUAGAGUGCGAGUCUGCAUCCAGCAUGAGUAACAUCUACGAGUCUGCAGAGGCCACGCUGGGCUUCAUCAGCUCUCCCUGCCUGACCAAGGUGGAGCUGAGAGUGGCUUGCAGGGGGAUCUCGGACCGCGACGCGCUCUCCAAGCCUGACCCGUGCGUGGUGCUGAAGAUGCAGUCGCACGGACAGUGGUUCGAGGUGGACCGUACAGAGGUGAUUCGCAGCAGCAGUGGUCCAGUUUUCUCCAAGAUCUUCUUGGUGGAUUACUACUUUGAGGAGGUCCAGAGGCUCAGAUUUGAGCUGCUUGACAUCAGCUCCGGCAACAAUGGCCUCCGUGACGCCGACUUCCUGGGAGCCAUGGAGUGUACCCUAGGGCAGAUCGUUUCACAGAGGAAGCUGACCAAAGCUCUACUCAAACAGGGAAACACUGCUGGAAAGUCUUCAAUAUUGGUGACAGCCGAGGAGUUGUCCGGUAACGACGAUUACGUUGAACUCUCGUUCAGUGCUCGGAAGCUGGACGAUAAGGAUUUCUUCAGCAAGUCAGAUCCUUUUCUGGAGAUUUUUAGACUAAAUGAUGAUGGAACUGAGUCCCUUGUGCACAGAACUGAGACGGUCAUGAACAACCUGAGUCCAGUUUGGAAAUCCUUCAAAGUUUCCUUGAACACACUCUGCAGUGGAGACCAUGACAGGGAGCUAAAGUGCACCGUUUGGGACUGGGACUCCAACGGCAAACAUGACUUCAUCGGGGAGUAUCAGACCACGUUUAAGGAGCUGAUGAAGGCAGAGCAGGAGGGCAAGCAGAUCCAGUGGGAGUGCAUCAACCCUAAAUAUCAGGUGAAGAAGAAGAAUUACAGAAACUCUGGCACUGUCAUUCUCAACCACUGCAAGAUCAUCAAAAUGUACUCCUUUCUGGAUUACAUUAUGGGAGGCUGCCAGAUUCAGUUUACGGUGGCGAUAGACUUUACAGCGUCCAACGGAGAUCCGAGAAACAGCUGCUCCCUCCACUACAUCCACCCCUACCAGCCCAAUGAGUACCUUAAAGCACUGGUGGCUGUAGGGGAGAUCUGCCAAGAUUAUGACAGUGAUAAAAUGUUCCCUGCGUUUGGUUUCGGCGCUUUGAUACCACCUGACUUCAAGGUUUCACACGAUUUUGCAGUGAACUUUGAUGAAGACAAUCCUGAAUGUACUGGGAUCCAAGGCGUUGUGGAGGCCUACCAGAAUUGCCUCCCUAAGAUCCAGCUGUAUGGGCCCACCAACAUCGCUCCAAUCAUUCAGAAAGUAGCAUCGUCUGCUUCGGAGGAGAUGCACACCAAAGAGGCCAUGGAAUACUUCAUUCUGCUGAUCCUGACGGACGGUGUCAUCACUGACAUGGCGGACACCCGGGAGGCCAUAGUGCACGCCUCUCACCUGCCCAUGUCUGUCAUCAUCGUUGGCGUGGGGAAUGCAGACUUUACAGACAUGCAGAUUCUCGAUGGUGACGAUGGGAUCCUGCGUUCACCCAAAGGCGAGCCUGUCCUCCGUGACAUCGUCCAGUUUGUCCCCUUCAAGGACUUCAAACACGCCUCACCAGCUGCCUUGGCUAAAAGUGUUCUGGCAGAGGUUCCUAACCAGGUGGUGGAUUACUACAACGCGAAAGGAAUUAAACCCAAGUGUAUGUCAGACUACGAGUCCACGAGGACCUUCAGCCCCUGACAAUGGACUCUGUGCACACGCAUGAACACGGUUCUGCACACUCUGUCUCUCAUAUACAUAUGUAAAUGACAUAUAUAUACAUUCAAAGUACUCUAUAAUACAUAUACAUAAUCCAAAAGCACAAGCAAACAUACACAAAUGUGUACCCACAACAGCACUACAUACAGUAGUCUAGCACAGAGAAAUAGCUUGUUAUUGUGAAACAAUUUGAACUACUCUCUUGAUGACUAUUGCAUGUUUGGCCACAGUGGCAUCAUUUGGAAAAACUACUACUAUCUAAUGUAUAUUGUAAAGGUAUUUCUAGAAAAAUGAGUAGUCUUCUGAACCAGCAUGCAAACUCUGAAAGAAAUGACACUCAUACCUUGUUUAGAUAACUAGCAAGUACAUAAACCAAAUGAUAGUGUGAGGAAAGCCUGCCCAUCUGAGAAUGCUUAGAAUUAGCAUUGCAAAUGUUAUUUAUUGGAAUGGUGAAAUUUCAGUGAGUGUACUGCAUAAAUGCAUGCAUAAUGCAGUUCCCACUAAUAUCCAAUCCCGACUAGCCACUUGCUAUUUAUAAAAUAAAGUAUCUCUGUCAUUUGUGUGAGACUGGAGGUCAUCUCGGGUUUCCGGGGUUCUUUUUUUACAGAUUUAUUUGUGAUUUUGCUAAAUGGAAACAACGAACUGAAUAAUUGUGAUAAUUUCUUAAUGACCUUCUUAAAUUGUAAAGAGUUUUGGAGAGGGUAGAUAACUGUGUAUGGUAGUCACUCAACUGUGAGCUUAAAGGAAAAACAGUUUUUUUUCUGUAUUCUGCAUGUUG